GUCAAUGGAAAUAGCAAGUUCUGUCAAUCCAGUUCCCCUCCUCUUUGGGCAGAGUGUGCAGAUUGUGAAUUGUUGGGAAUUGAAAAAAGUGUCAUUUUAAAUCAGAAUUAUGAUCGUAAAAAGCACUUUAUGUUCACGCACCGAUAGAUUACAUUUAGUUUUAUCACAUCAUAUAGUUUCUAUCUGAGUAAUUAGUGAAAUAAUUGAGAGAGAAGACACACAAUUUGUGUACACAUCGAACAAUACCACGGAAAUCAAUCAGUGAGACCAGUAAAAGUCUAUCUCAAUGUGCCAAUAAAAUUUACCUGGAAAAAAGCAGUAAAAAGUGGAAGGAAUUUUCAUCUAAGCGGAAAUCUUGUGCCAAAUUCACUCACAAAAAAAGAUAACAACAAACACUAAAUUUUACGAGAAAAAUAAAUGAAAAAAAGAGUGGACAAUGCAAACAUUUUAUCAAUUAGAUUAACACAAAUUUUCAAUUGCACAUAAUUCGCAGACACGUUAUUUUUAGGUGUUGAUUAGUUAGGUAAAAUUUAGAAGGGAAUCCUGGUGGGCAAAGUGGAGGAUUUCUAGGGUAAAUUGGCGUAUUACGAGGGCAUAUCACGAGGAUGAACAUUGCACAAAGUGGAGGGUGUCAGAAGAGAACAAAUUGAGUGAGAUUUAGUGGGCGAAAUGGGGAAUUGCUGGACAUGCUUCAAGACACCCACGGAAAAUUCAACGGAUUAUGCCACAAACACUGCCGAGAGGACUGCAAACGACAAUCGCGAUGCUUCUGAACGCGGUGAAACCGACGAGCUGUUGAUCUCCAACAGCCCUGUUCACAUGACAAAUUUGCACUCGAGCUCAGGAUUCCUCACAAGGCCAGUGGCUCUCUUGAAUGGAAACGCCAACACAAUGGGAGACAUCAUUGGAACGAUAAAAGACUCCCAACAAAUAUCGGACCACACACUCUUAACCCUGUAUCAGCGCUACAAGGAUCCUCAGGAGGAUGCCAUUCUGUCUGAGGGCAUUGAGCGCCUCUGCUGUGACUUGCGCUACAAGCCUGAUGACUUUGCGAUAUUGGUGCUGGCCUGGCGUCUCGAUGCUUCACAGAUGUGUCGCUUUACACGCCAGGAAUUCAUUCAGGGACUGAGAAACCUCAAUGCAGAUUCCGUCGAUGGUAUCCGCUUACGCCUGGAGCAGACAGUUGAGAAGCUCAAAGAUGACUCUGAGCUCUUCAAGCAACUCUAUAGGUUCACUUUUGGAUUUGGACUGGAGCCAGGACAUCGAACACUCUCUCUUGAUAUGGCGAUCAUAUUGUGGCGUCUAGUGUUUACGGUGCAUACGCCAAAGCUCCUGGACAGAUGGCUGUAUUUUCUGGCACAACACGCCCAAAUCCGUGGUGUGCCUAAGGAUACGUGGAAUAUGUUUCUAAAUUUCGCGGAAACUUGUGAUAUCACGUCCUAUAAUGACGAGGAAGCGUGGCCCAGUCUCUUUGAUGACUUUGUCGAGUAUGAAAAUGAUCGAGCCAAUCAAAAUGUGCCCGAUAAGGCUGAUGAGGAGGAUACACGACAACCAACACUCCAUACAGAUGGGAGUUUAUAGUAUUUUGACAAAACUACCCACAGUAGGAAUGAAAAGGGUGCACGGGGUUGAGAUAUAAAAUGCAUUAUACAAAUUUAGGGGGACACAGAAAUGAGAGAUAAAACUAUUUUUCUGAAAAAAAAGAAGCAAAAAUACAAUCUUGCAGUUUUGAAAGAGGAAAUUUCAAUAUCUCUUCUAAAUUUGCUGGUGAAGAGAAAACGGGAAAAUCAAUGAAAUAUCAGUAGAUUUUUAGCUUAAUUUAUAAAUUAAUAUCACUAUUCAUAUUUUAUUUGUUUAUUUAUGUCUGUUUUUUUUUACAAUAUAAUUACUUAAAUUCUCUGUGCAUUGAAGUGUAAUGUCUUACGCAUCUUUUCAUUUUUUUUUUCAAACCUUUUUUUCCGUGGCUACAGAAAACAGAUAUUUUUUGUGAAAGUGAAUCUUUAACAAAAACAGCCGAAAAAUUACAAUUUAUCAUUGAAAUAAAAGUUUUUGUAAAUACUUA